UAGCUUGACGGCGGCUACUUCUCGAGAAGCCGGGUUGUGUUUUUUUUACUGGAACGUGCAAAUUUGCAUCAACUUGAAAGAGGAAUCUGCAGAGAUUAUUCUGAACUUCCUCGAAAAAACGGUUAACAUGAACAACACAACAAAGCAAGAUCCCGGUAUCACAGAGUCAUUUAUCCCCUUGCCUUCCAGCUUCGUGUAUCCAGUGGCGACGUGUUAUAUCUUAAUCGUGGCUGUAGCUGUUAUUGGUAACAUCAUGGUUUGCUCAGCUAUACUUAUCAACAAAAACCUGCGCAAAAUGCCCACAAAUGUUUUCAUUUUCUCCUUGGCGUCAUCGGACCUUCUCACGGCGACCCUAUCGGUGCCAUUUGACAUAGAGGGGCUUUUUCUGGGAUGGGUUUGGAACCAUGGAGAGGCGAUGUGCAAGGCCUGGAUCACGGUUUACCUAAUUACCGUACCGACCUCGAUUUUGACACUUUUGGCCGUGAGCGUUGAUCGCUACAAAAGCCUUAGCGAUCCUCUCAACCGAUACCGCCGCUUAGGGUUUAUGACUCAUAAAAGAGGCAUCGUUAUUAAUCUAAUGAUAUGGCUCUACAGCAUCCUGUUCGCCUUACUCCCCAUCAUGGGCUGGCGAACAUCGCAUAAUUUUGUUCUUGACAACGCAUGCUUGUUUCCUUUCCCACCGGUGUACCAUGUUCUCAGCUCCUCCUUGAAUUUUAUUUUACCGCUGAUAAUCGCCUGUGGUAUUCACCUCAAGAUUUACCGCCUGGUAUGCAAGCAGCUGAAGAAUUUCGACUCAAGUCAGCGCGCUGAGAACAACGACAGAGAGCCUUCUGAAAGAGAGCGGAAAGUUUAUUUGAAAAACAUCCGAGCCUUUAAGACGACGUCGAUGUUUGUGGGCGCUUUCUUCCUUUGCUGGGUUCCCUACUCAUCUGUCAGCAUUGUGGCUGUCUUGUGUGAGUCAUGCACUGCAACGAUCCCGCCUGAAGCCAGAGUGGUUCUUUUAAUGAUUGGUUAUUUAAACUCGGCCUUGAAUCCCUUUCUGUUCGCUUUUCGGAGCAAGCGAUUUAAGGCCGUGUACCCGAAUGUCUUCGGGUCUCCUAGACGACUUGCGCGGGUAAUGUAAAUCGUCAUGCUCUCUUUAACACCCCUAUCGAUUCUAGAACUAGGGCGUGUUUAUUUAGAUAAGAUUUACUAGUUUGUCUAGACUGAGUAUAAAAGUCGUAAACAUGUUUUUCGAUAGUUGCAACAGAACUGGGAGCUCUCUUUCAAUAACAACAAUUUCGUUAGUCAACAUUCCUCGAUAAAAAAGGUCUGACUCAUUAACCCAAAUCAAACAAAGAUAGCAGUCAGGGCUUGAAAAUUACAUUAAGAUAAGCCAUAGGAAAUAUUAAUAAUAAAAAAAGAAUUCAAGUCAGCUAGUUAUGUGAUCAUCAUGAAUCGAGUGAUUUUUUUGGAAAUUUUUUUUUCCUACGCGAAGACAUUCUGGCAUCAGUCCUUCAUGUAUGAAAACGGGCGAAACCAUGCACUGUAAAGACUGCAUCACAUCAGCUCCUCGACAGAAUAUUUCUCUCUGAAUGGAUCCAACGCAAGUAUUUCAAGAUUCUUUGCGAAUGCAAAGCCUGCUUUCGGCAAAUUGUUUUAGUUCUAAAACGACUUGCGUUCCUCUGACAUGGAGUUUGCCUGCUAGUGCAAUAAGAUGAUCCUUUGAUGAACCUUUCCUCGCAAUUAAUUGCAAAUCGAACAUUUCGAAAGUUUAGCAUAGAUUUUGUUUGUUUAUUUUGAUGUUGUUUUGUUUGUUUUGUACAUGCAGCUUGCCUGAGUUCCUUAUUGCAUGUAAAAGGGAGGAGUUUGUCAUGAAAAUUUCUCGCUCUUCCGCCCUUCUUGACUAGCGGUUAUUUGUUCAUUACAUGCCUCCAAUUUGGGCGAUAUUCAGUUUUACCGGCUUCCUAAGGAUUUUUUGGGAAUCCAAAGCUCUGACCAAAAAUGUCAGGCACUAAAGCAACUCUUUUUUUCUAACACUAAACAUGCCUGCUAUAUUGGGAAAACAUCAAACUUGUUUAGUCAUACGCGAUGACAAUUCCAGCAGUACAGUUAAAUGAUUGCCAACAUUCUGGUAAAAUCUACCAGUUAAUUGCAUAUUUUUACAUGAAAUUUUUCAAACGAUACUUGGAUUAUUUUCAUCAAUCAGGAAUAGCAUUGAACAACGGUGGGGCUUGCAACUGAUUCGUAUUGUCUGGAUGCUAUUAUUUUUUUUAGUGUCACUCAGUUCUAUUUACAUACUGACUCCGUCAACUUCGGGCUAUAUAUAAACCGUUGCGAGACGAAGCAUACCUAAAUAUUCCCGUUUUAAAAUCUACUUAUAGUAAUUUGUAGAAUUAGAUUUUAUGUUACCCUGACUUGAGUUUAGAAAUAAACCGUCGUGGGACAAAGAGUACUUUUUCUAUUCUUUUUUAAUCCUCUUAUAAUAGUUUAUCGAAUUAGAUUUUAUGUUACCAUGACUUCGGUUUAAAAACACACCGUAAGAGACAGAGUUUACCUUAUUACGUAUUCUUCCUUUAAACAUCUUACAAUUAUUAUAAAAUAUCUAUAGUUAACUCAGACUACGGUUUAAAAGUAAACCUUCGUGACAGCCGAGAGAGUGC